AUGAGCUCCUCGACUGUCUGUUUGCGCUGCUCGGCGUUAGUUAAUCAAGUAGCUGCAUUGAGAGCACAGAAUCAUGAGCUUCGUGCACGACUUGAGACUCUUGAGAAGUCACAGGAAGUGGAUGGGAAGCAACAGCCAGAAAAGAACGCGGCGGUGGUGGAGGCUGUUGCCGAAACUUUAACGUACUCGCGAUUUUCGAAAGUUGAGCUGCAGCGAUAUGGACGGCAAAUGCUUGUGAAAGAGUUUGGAGUGAAGGGACAGCAGAAAUUGAUGGCUGCACGUGUGCUGUUGAUUGGUGCGGGUGGACUCGGGUCACCUGCUGCGAUCUACUUGGCUGCUAUGGGUGUAGGCACGUUGUCGGUGGUAGAUCACGACUAUGUCGAUCGAAGUAAUUUGCAUCGACAGGUUCUGUAUGAUGAACAAGGAGCGAAAGAGAGAGAGAAGAAAGUGGAUGCAGCUAAGAGAAGAUUGCAGGAGUUGAACCCUUUGCUGCAGUGUGAGGUGUAUCCGAUACGGUUUACAGCUGUGAACGCGCUAAAACUUGUCGAAGAACACGAUGUGGUCGUUGAUGCCUCAGACAAUGUUGCUACUCGCUACCUCGUAAACGACGCAUGUGCGCUUCGACGCACGCCGUUGGUAUCGGGAAGUGCGCUGGGUAUGGAGGGACAGGUAACUGUGUUUACUUAUCAGGACGAUGAGAAUGCGACUGGAUGCUAUCGCUGUUUAUACCCUAGCCCACCCACAGCCGCGAAGAGCUGUGCGGAGAACGGUGUGCUCGGUGUUGUACCUGGUGUGAUUGGAUGCAUCCAGGCCAUGGAGACUGUCAAGCUUAUUUCUGGUGUAGGAGAACCUCUUGUCGGGGUGCAGUGCUUUUACGAUGCAUACGACGGUCAGUUUCGACACCUCAAAAUUGCUAUGAAGCGAAACAAGGAUUGCCUGUCUUGUCGAAAAGGCGCUGAUAUGUUUGGGAAAAGUAACGUGGCAUCAUUUGAUACGUCGCUACUGGUCGAAGGCCGCUGCACCGAUGGAGCAAAGCGUGUUGAUAACCUCGGCCCUGAAUUUCGUAUCAGUGCUGAGGAAUUUGCAAAAGUGCGUGAGAAAGCAAAGAAAGAAGAAGAUCAAGAUGCUACAAACAGUAGUUACGUUCUGCUCGAUACACGUGCACGCAUACAGUUUGAGAUGGUGCACUUCCCGGAAGCAGUGAAUAUUCCAACGGUUGAGCUCAUGAGACAAGAUCCUGAAAGUUUCAGUACUUUGCAGGUUGAAAGUGUGAACCCAACUGAUUCUCCACCAGUCACGAGUAAGCGAAUGUUUGUGAUAUGUCGUCGGGGUGUGGAUUCUGUUAAGGUGACACGGUGGCUAGUUGACCACGGUAUCAAAAAUGUGUUCAAUAUCGACGGAGGGUACACUGAGUAUGCUAAAGAGGGCGGUGUCGACCCGACAUUUCCGAUGUAUUAG